ACGAAUAAGUGUAAAGUUUUAUGGUUAUGAAGCCGUUAAAUAACAUACGAACACAUUAACAAUACUCGCAACCUGUAUACAUUUUGGUUCUCACAGAGGGCACCACCGUCCUAAGCUCUUUCCUUCACAGUUCGCCGCUGUGACUCAGCACGAUGGGUCGGGUAAUUCGUUCGCAGAGAAAAGGUGCGGGAUCGGUUUUCAGGUCCCAUACCCACCACCGUAAAGGCAAGCCUGCUCUUCGUGCCAUUGACUAUGCUGAACGCCAUGGUUACAUCCGUGGUAUUGUUAAGAACAUGAUCCAUGAUCCCGGUCGUGGUGCUCCCAUUGCUGAAGUUCAUUUCCGUGACCCUUACCGUUAUAAAACCAGAAAGGAAUUGUUCAUUGCUGCGGAGGGAACAUACACAGGCCAGUUCAUUUACUGCGGCAAGAAAGCUAAUUUGGAUGUUGGAAAUGUAUUGCCCAUUGGAAGCCUUCCUGAAGGUACCAUUGUUUGCAAUCUAGAAGAGAAAACUGGUGACCGUGGCCGUCUUGCCCGCGGCUCUGGAAACUAUGCCCAGAUUAUUGCCCACAAUCCUGACACUAGAAGGACCCGUGUAAAGCUCCCAUCUGGAGCAAAGAAAGUCCUUCCAUCAGCCAACCGUGCUAUGAUCGGUAUUGUUGCUGGUGGAGGUCGUAUUGACAAACCCAUUUUGAAGGCUGGACGUGCUUACCACAAGUACAGGGUAAAGAGGAACAGCUGGCCUAAAGUAAGAGGUGUAGCAAUGAACCCUGUAGAGCAUCCUCAUGGUGGUGGUAACCAUCAGCACAUUGGUAAAGCCUCCACAGUGUCCAGAGGCAAGAGUGCUGGUCGUAAGGUCGGUCUCAUUGCUGCUAGGAGGACUGGUCUUGUACGUGGUACAAAGAAAGAUCCUAGGCAAAAUAACUAAAUAUAAAAAUAAAUUUUGAAGAAGA